AAAAUCGACAGCCUACUGAAGACAUCCAAAAAGACGAAAAACUCUAGUUACAAAUGAGUUAAAAGUUCAAGGUUGUCAAAUGGACUCAUACAGUUAUGCUGAUUUGGCAAGUGAUAUGGUCCAAUCGAUAGUAUAGUCAGUUCAUGUCGGAUUUAGUAAAACAUGUAUGCAAAUGAGAAAUCAUUAAGACUAACUUAAUUUAUGUAAGUAUAAAACAUAUUUGAAGACAAAUCUCUCUAAAAUCUACAUCCAUAUUUAAGUAUAAUACAACAUUCCAACACAAAAUAAAAAAUUAUCAUAUUUAAAUACAACAUUUGACGCCAACAUUCAAAAAGUCGUACUUGAACUCAACAAAUAACAUAAGCAUUUAAACAUUCAUACUUGAAUCCAACAAAUAACAUAAAUAUUAGAAUGUGUUCCAUUACUUGGGUUGAGUUGAGUGGCGUUGUAGAAAGUUUUCAGUUGGCUUGAAACCUCGGUUAGCGUCAUAUUCGAGUGGAGCUAGAUUCGCAGUGAGCAAUAAAACUCCUUUCGAGACCUGAGACGUCGAAGCAUCAUCACGCAACCAUUAUACAUAUGGUUUUCCGAGCUCCAACUUGACUGGAGGUGUGGAUUCAUCAUAUCUAUCUGGAUGGUAAUAAGUGCACUGAUUAUCUUGCGAACCAUGUGCAUUCUAUGUCGUUGGGCACCCACUACUCCACUAGGUUUCAAUUAUAGAUAAUGUAUUAUACUACUAGAUUUUGUAUGACUGUCAAGGACUCUCUAAACCCCGUUUGAUUUUGAAUGAAGGUUGAGAUGCGUUGCAUUUAUUUAAAAAAAAAUAUCAAGAACAAAUCAAUGUUUUUAUUCACCAAAAUGGUAACAUUUUGUUUAAAUGUGAUAGAUCAUCACGUCGAUUAUACCAGAGCAUUCCAGGCGUGUCUAUAAUCGGUAUCGGUUGAACCUGCUUGUAUUGUCGGCAUGCCUAGCAUAACAACUAUGUUAAAAACUAGUGACUGAAUUGUUUGUGAUCCCAAAGUUCGGUGAUCAUUUCUACAAAGUGCAAGACUGACCGAAAGGAAGAACGCAUGAAUUGUGUUGUCCACCCAAGAAAACAACAAAAUAAAUGGGUUAAUAUAUUUGUCUAACCUGAACUUUUCACAUAUUUAACAUCCUGACCAAUCUUUUUUAUUUAUAACAUCGUGACCAGAUCUAUCCCUAAUCUUUACGAAACUAGCAAAUUCCGAGAGUUGACCGUUAAGUUGAGCAGUCAAAUCCAUUGACUAACAGUCAACUCGCCAUGUUAUAGUCCAAUCACCCAAUAUUAAUGAUGUGGAUGCCACGUGGUAUAAAAAUAAAUAAUAUUUAUAUAAAAAUUUUAGAAAAAUUCCCACUGUUUAUUAUUAACUUUCAUAAUCGUCUAUUGAUGAAUCAUUUGAGUUUGAUUUGGCUCGACAUCUAAUUAUGGUUAAAAAUCCAUUGCCAAUGCAUAUAGCUUUGUAAAUAGUUUCAGGUCGUAGUCAUAAAUUGGCUUAAAUUAAGUGGCUGAAUACUGAAUAGUAAUUGUUUUUUUUUUAUGGUAGAAUAGUAAUUGUUAGGAUCCAUGGUUUGGUUUGGUUACCACUUCUGUAAACUGACCCAAAAAGAACCGCGGGAGUUAGAUGGGCAAACCCGAAGAAGAGCAAACGAAAGACAACUACACUGUCCAAUCCAAUCCGCCACACCAGCGCUCCAUCCAUUCGUUCACGGCGGCGGCCGGUGCCAGCUCAGCAGCCUCCACCGUCCAUCCUCAAUCUGCCAACCACUUCCCGCCAUGAAUCUCGUUAACCACACCUCCGUUUCUCUUCGCUUCUCCACUGAAUUAUUCUCUCACCGGCGCUCUCUCCCCCUCGGCGGUCGAGUCUUACUCACGAGGGCGAGCAGUCUUCCCUUCCCGGCUAACGAGGCCAAGCACCGCCGGGAGCUCGAAGCUGCCAUAGGGAUUGUGGAGCGCGCUUGUCGCAUCUGUGUUGACGUGCAGAGUUCCGUGCGCUCUAGUGAAGCAGCGUCCGUGGAGAAGAGCGACAGUACUCCAGUCACCAUCGCUGACUUUGGUGUUCAAGCUUUCGUCAGUUUUGAGCUACAUCAAGCUUUCCCUGCUAUUCCCUUGGUUGCUGAAGAGGAUUCUGGGUUCUUGAGGGCAAAUAACCUCCUCGAUUCUGUGCUCGGUGUGGUUGCUGAUAAAUCAAGUUCAGACAAGCCAUUGACUCGAGCUCAAGUCCUGGAGGCAAUCGACAGAGGGGGAAAGAAUGCCAUUGUUUACGAGAAUAAGCCAGCAACUUACUGGAUCCUCGAUCCAAUUGAUGGUACCAAGGGUUUUCUCAAAGGAAGUGGUGCCUUAUAUGUGGUGGGUUUGGCACUUGUGGUUGAAGGGGAGAUUGUGUUAGGUGUUAUGGGCUGCCCAAACUGGGAUGACUCUGAAUCCUUCCAAUCCAUUACAGGGGUCAGCAAUGCAUUAAAUAGAGCAGGAAUUGUAAUGGCUGCUCAUAUAGGUUGUGGGACCUGGAGAAGGAGGUUUCAAGAUGGCCACCAGAGUGAAUCAACUGAUCCAUCCUUCCAUGAUUGGAGUAGAUGCUUGGUUGACGGGUGUCUGUUAGCAUCCCAAGCACGAUUUUGCAUGACAGAUAGUGCAACUUGGGAAUCAUUGCCUUUGUCGCCUUUCUUUAGUACAACAACUGAUGCUGCUGGUGAUGGCAGUGGAAGGAGUGUGGUUCUCUUGAAGGCUUGCUGUGGCAGUUUAUCCAGGUAUAUUAUGGUGGCUUUAGGAAUUGCAUCAGUCUUCAUUCUGCUAGCGAAACCACGGAUAUCGACCAAGGUGUGGGAUCAUGCAGUUGGGUUGAUAUGCGUUCAUGAAGCUGGGGGCAAGGUAACUGAUUGGGCAGGGGCUGACCUUAACCUUGCAGAGGAUGGUGUGGAGCGAAGGAUCCUAUAUCCUGCAGUUGGAGUUCUUGCAACCAAUGGCAAGAUCCACAACCAGAUCGUGGAGAUGAUUUCUGUGAGUUCCUCCACUGGAUGAGCCCUGGUCGUUUUGGUAAGUUCGUAAUCCAUAACCCAAACUGUAAUUGUCGCAUUUAUAAUCAGUGGUUUAGUUCAAUCUGGUUUUGUUAAUCCUUCAUCGAUUCCCACUGUCUUCAUCCUGUAAACUGAGGAGUCGAACAGAAGUUAAAAGGAACCUUUUUGUGCAGACGCUUAAGUUACAACUUAGUUCUACAAGCAUGUCCAGUUGGUGAGGGGGGAGAGUGAACAAGAAGAAUAGAGGAAGCAAGAUAAUGGUGCUAGAUAGAAGCAUAGGAUCCACGGUUUGCCUAGAUGGUCAAGUUCGUACCCACGUUUCAGUUUCAGGUAUGACUCUUCUACUCUCUAAUCUCUCCUUAACUUACACCCCUCACUCUGCAUUUUAUGUUCCAUACUUUAAUUGGGUUGUUCCUUAAAUUUUAUUCUAUCAUUUUUUUCAAGUCUAUCUGCCACUGUUGGUCACUUAUCAAUUUCAUUAAAUCAUCACUUUGAUUGAAAGUGGCAUCAAAGCAUGGUACCGGUGGUUUAUAAAUUGCAUUUGAACCAUCCUUUCUGAUUCUGAAGCUUUGUUCUUGGCUAGUCUUAGAGGUGUCCAUAACUGUGUUUGUUAGCAUAACUGAAGUUCUUUCCAAUUGACGGGGUACUGACAUACAACUGUACAAGCAAAGUGUCAUGAUUGGUAGGUAGCUCAACCUCCUACUGAUUCUACACUACUGUGUAAUCUGUAGAUUUUGGCGGUGGUGUAGAAUCAGCAGCGACUGGGGUGGUGGUAGUAGGAGGACGAGGACUGAUUGUAGUGGUGGUGGUAGGGUUGAAGAAGUUGAAGAUGGAGUCCCCCAUUUUUGUUCUUCUUUCUCUGUUAUAUAUCAAAAUGCAGGUUAGAGAGAAUAAAAAUAACAGACUUGGCUGUGCACUGUGUGGCAGUGUGGGGGUAUUUGUAUUGUAAGGGCUUGGGGUGAGAGGACAGAGUGUAUACUCUGGAUGAUUAUACUCUGGAACCGAGCCAUAUGAACUGUGGGACUGGGAUCUGCUAGACCCCAAAAGCAAUGAAUAGUAAGGGGCUCA